AUGCCAACUGACUUCAACGGGUACUGGAAGAUGAUGAGCAAUGAGAAUUUCGAGGAGUAUCUGAAGGCCCUGGACGUCAAUGUCGCUCUGAGGAAGAUCGCCACUCUAUUGAAGCCGGACAAAGAUAUUAUUCAGAAUGGGGAGCACAUGGUGAUUAAGACACUGAGCACUUUUAGGAACUACAUCAUGGAGUUUGAUGUGGGAAAGGAGUUUGAAGAGGAUUUGUCUGGAGUAGAUGAUCGCAAAUGCAUGGUAAGAAUUAAGGCCAGAUUAGCCCAUUUCUUUAACAAAGAGUUCCUUAGUGAGCAGAUUAGUUUUGUAUUCUCUUGGUGUGUUAGCCUUUACUACCUCUGCUGGGAGGAGAUGUUAUGUAUUCAGCACCCUUUCAGCAGAGCUGUCCUUGCUCUUGUUCCUUCAUCCUAUAUAAUCCUACAUACUGUCAACCAACCAGUUUUCCUGGACAGUUGUAUAUGA